AUGAUCAGAAAUUCCAAUUACACAAACUUUGUCUGCUGCGCUGUUUGUAAUAAAAUAAUACCACCAGCCCCUUUGGAAAAAACUUUCCAACGGAUUCAUGAGUACAAGCCAUUUAAAACACGCUUUUACACUCAUAAAGAUAUACUGGAUAUUGGGGCAAAUAUUCUGAAUAAAGAAGAACAAUAUCAAGAGGCUGUAUUCAAAGAACGUAUUGCAAAAGCAGAAGCUGAAGUAUGGGCUCAGGCUAAUGAACUCAGGAAAGAAGCAGUGGAGAAAGCACUUGAGGAAGCAAAUAACAGACACAAAAUUGAAAUUCAGCAUUUGAAAGAGGAACAUCAGAGAGAUUUACAGGAAAUGGCAGAGAAAACUAAGACAGAGAUAUAUCAAAAUGUGGACGAUGAAAUGAAGAGAGAACACUUGGCUGCAGAACAACGCAUGGUCCAUAGAAUACAGAGAAUUAUGAUGGAGUGCCACAGGGAGAAGGUUGAGGCCGUAAAGAACGCCAGAGCUGAGGAGAGAAGGAUUGCCGGGGAAGCAAUCCAGGCCCAGAAAAGCAAGGCCAUGGAGGUACUUGUGAAUACUGCAGUGACAGUUUGUAAGGAUCAGAAGAUGGAUGUAGACCAGCUUAUCAAGGAGAAAGAACAUGAAAUGAAUGUCUACUUUGGCCUGGCUCAAAGGCAGAAGCAAGAAGAGGUCCAGGAAGUGCUUCAAGAAGCAGAGAAAACCCAUCAGGCCACUCUCGGCAAUGUGAUGGACAAGCUGGUGAACACACAGGGGGAGCUGCUGUCCAUCGCGAAGCAGCUGGGGAUCAUGACCAACUGGAAGGACUUUCUGGAGGAGGAGCUGCAGGAGACCAGGGCAGCAUUCCAGAAAUACAUCAAUUACACCUUUCCUAAGCUGUCACCAGGACAUGCUGAUUUCAUUCUGCCAGAAAGAAAGAAAACACCUUCCAAUCUUGUUAUGAAAGAGAAUGAAACUACUCUUGAGUAG